AUGUACCUGGAUGACGCCCCUCACAGCUGGAAGUCCCGUCUGGAGGAAACCAUUUCCCUGAGCUUCACGAACGGAAAGUCUCUGACAGAGUUCUUCCUCGACGGCUCCUACCACCUUCGCACAGACUUAGAGGCGAACCAGGAGGAUGCACUGAUAGCUGCCUUCGACGAGGCCAGGCUUGCACUCCUUGCAUUUGUCCACAUGGCCUUCCGGAGAAGUUGCGCGUUGCUGGCACCGCGGUGGCUGUACCGUGGUGUCAAGGCAGAGACGCGCGCCCGCACGGAGUCCACGGUUAGCAAUGUCAGCGAGAUUGUCAAGGAGAUUCUGCAGGAUGUCCGACACGGUGGAGGCGCCUCACUGGACAAGUACUGUAUGAAGUUUGACCGCGUCCCGCACCAGCAGCUGCAAGAACGUGACAUUGAGCAGUGUCUGGGCCAGUGCACCAAGACACAGUUAGAGGAGGACAUCAAGUAUGCACAGGGCAACAUACGCAAGUUCGCAGAGCUUCAGCGCGAAGCCCUGAAGGAUCUCGAGGUCGAAACGAGACCAGGGGUCGUUCUCGGCCACAAGCACAUUCCCAUUCAAAACGUCGGCUGCUAUGUGCCAGGUGGCAAAUUCCCCCUUAUCGCCUCCGCUCACAUGUCCGUGCUCACAGCAAAGGUUGCAGGAUGCGACCGUGUCGUCGCAUGCACAGCUCCCAUGCCCGGUGGUGAGCCAGGUCGUCUGCCGCACAUCACGAUUGCCGCAAUGCACUUGGCAGGCGCCGACGAGAUCUACCUCAUGGGCGGUGCGCAGGCCAUCGCCGCCAUGGCCUACGGCACAGAAAGCAUCAAGCCAGUGGACUUCAUUGCGGGACCUGGCAACGCAUUCGUGGCCGAGGCGAAGAAGCAGGUCUUCGGCCAGGUGGGCAUCGACCUACUAGCAGGUCCCACCGAGACGCUGCUCCUGUGCGAUGACUCCGUGGAUGCAGAGAUCACUACAGCAGAUCUCCUCGGUCAGGCUGAGCAUGGCUACAACUCACCCGUGAUUCUCGUGACCACAUCGGAGAAGUUGGCUAAGGAGACCCUCGCUCGUGUGCAGGAGGAGCUCAAGAUUCUGCCAACGAAAGAGACCGCGGAGGUCUCUUGGCGGGACUACGGCGAGGUGAUUGUCGUGGACAGUGACGAGGAGAUGCUUGAAGUGGCUGAAGAGAUUGCAGGUGAGCAUGUGCAGGUCAUGCAUCGCGAUUGGGGUUUCUUUGGGAAGAAUCUCCGCAACUAUGGUGCCCUCUUCCUAGGCGUGGAGACCAACGUGUGUUAUGGCGACAAGGCCAUCGGCACCAACCACACGCUGCCAACCCAAACCGCAGGCCGAUACACUGGAGGUUUGUGGGUGGGCAAGUUCAUCAAGACGCACACUUACCAACAUGUCUCCCAGGAGGCUUCAGUUGAGAUUGGUGAGUAUUGCUCAAGGCUUUCUGGUUAUGAGAACUUUGCCGGCCACAAGGAGCAGGCAGAUGUACGCCUCAGGCGGUGGAAGCCGGGCUAUGACACCAAGUAUUACACAGGGGCACAGAAUCAGACCCUCAGUCGCCCAUCAUCGGCAUAG